AUGGCCUUUCUCGAAGAUCCUCGACUGCGUCAGCGCUGGAAUCAGAUCACGCACGAUGCCGAAGCCGCCACUGAGAAUGCGGCCGCCGGAAUCUGGUCAUUCCAGCAACAUUAUGUGAACCCUUGCUUGGGCUCCGUCGCCGCUUCGAUUCAGUCCUGCACCGCUGUUUGCAUAGGCGAUCCCGAGGACCGGCUGCGGAGGCGACGGGAGCGCGAGCGCGAACGCGCAGAGUACAGCUUCGACUUUUACGACGACUGGUACGAAGAAGAGGAGCAGGCUGGGGGAAUCCUGGGAGGCUGGGGAGGGGAGGACUGGGAUCGUCUGUUGGCGGGCACGGGCAGCCAAAGGAAACACCAUACAGCCGGCGCGACCGUCGAGCAACCGAAACGAAAGCGAGGCAUGAGCUAUGGCACAAAAGGGGGCAGGAGGCCGUCUCGAGGCGAGGACCCGACGAUCAUUCCCAGUACCCAGCCUAUUGGCUUUCUCAGCAAAUUGCCCUUCCGAAUGGGCGGCACACUCCGAUACAAGCCGAGCGCGGCGAACCUACAAGAACAUCCAGGGAAGCCUGGUGCGGCAGAGGCCGAACCCUUGCUGGGGUCGGACUCGUCGUCUGAUGCCGGCCAUAUUGUAAGAUCGCGGAAGCGCAGUGGCACGGCUGGCUCGGGCGACACAUCAGACUCAUAUAGGUCACGAGGCGAUCUGUUCCCGAGCGAUGGCGAGGGUGAAGAAGAUGCCGUCCCUUUGGACGAUGAUGUUACAUACGACAUGGUGCGCAAAGAUGAUCGCAGCAGCGGCAAGACACGCAGCAGCAAGGGCAAAAGACCGGUCUUGAGCGGCUCCCGGACAGUGUCACGGACGACGCUCGGGUCAAACGCAUCACACGACUCCCUGCGACUGACACGCGUGCCGUCCGGGCUAUCGGCGUUUACACCGGACGCCGAAGCUAUGCCUUCACUUGAGGAUAUGCAGAUGGAGGAAGAGCAUCUUCGCAUGGUGGAAGAUGAGAAGAUCGCCAAGAGCAGAGAAGCUGCGGCGCACCUGGCCAGGGCCAGAGGUCUCAAGGUGGAUAGCCCCGAACUGCAGCCCUCAACGGGGCAAAAGAUUGACGUGGCUCCGGACGAGGUGUAUGAGCCGGCAAAGGAGUCAAUGUCAGUUGCAGAAGCUGGAGCACCGCUUCAACCCGCUACGAAGUCACCCUCCAAAUCAGAGGAGGGCGAUGAGUUCGUACCAGCGAGACUGCCAAGGUUUGGUUGA